ACAUCUAUUUUUUAAACACCAAAAAUAGUUAAAAAAGUUAAUUUUGUGAUCAAACUAUCUAUUUACUCCUAAAGAGGAAUGAGGAGAUGGUAAUCCCUCCGUCUCCCUCCCAUGUGAUGGGGGUUCGAUUCCUCAUAGCCCCCAUCCCGUGAUAGGUGGGAGGCCCCUUCUCGUAGUUUAACGUAAAAAAAAAAUAAAAAAAUAAAAAUAAAUAAAAAAAAAUCUAUUUACUCCUAAAAAGCUAAAAUUUUAUGAAGUAUCUAUCAUCUUUUUACCAAACUUAUAACUUACAAGUAUACUUAACAUUUCAUUCUCUCAUCUCUUUAGUCAUAGGUAGAGGUAGGUGCCAAAAUCACACCCGAUCCGAAACCAACCCGAAAAAUAUCCGAUUCAAAUUUGGACUCGCGUGGACAUAAUAAUUUGGCAUGACUCAACUUAAUUUGACCCGACCCGACCUCAUCAGAUCCGAUCCGAUCAUUUGCUCGAGUAUACUACUAGAGUGUGGAUAGGGGGUCGUCCAAGCAUGGUGGACGAUUUGGUUGCGUCCGAUUUUUGUUUGAGUAUUAAUAAUAAUUAGUCGUUGCGUCGGCUUUCUCAAAAACAAAAUAAAAAAAAAUAGUUAAAUAUUGGGAAAUUCUAUGUGGUGGCCUCAAGGAAAUAGUAAAUCUAAAUGGAGGACAAACUUUUUUUUAUAGUUUCUUUAGUGGCAUCCUACAAUUGACAAAUUCAUUUAAGUGGCCUAAUCAUCAAUAUAUGGACUAACCACUUCUUAAUUAAAUCCCUCCCAUUUUCUUAAAUUUUGACUACUACUAGUCUACUAGUGUUGCUCGACAUUAUGAUCAGAUGAAACCUUUUCAUCUUCCAUGAAACUCCCACAAAGUAUACACCCUCUCAUAUUCAACUAAAAAAUCGAAAAAAAAAAAAAAAACCUGAUUCAUUUGUGCGAUUUUUUUGUGAGAUUGUUUAUCAAUUGUGGACGAUUAAAUUGUGGCAAUAUCUCUUUGGUGGUGUGGUUUUUGGGCUGGACUAUUAGGGUUUUAUGAUCGCAUUUUUGAUGAAAUUCGCACAAUCUAAGAGGCUAAUUGUCUAAAAUUUAUCUGCAGAUCAUAACUAAGAAUGGAGCGAGUGAUGGUUAAAUUCAAUUAUAUGAGUAAUGAAGUGAAUGUGUCUAUUGAAGAUGUUAACAAGGUUAUGUGGAUUGAUUUGAUCAUUGAAUGUGAGGAAGGAUUUCGGAAAAAUAACUAUCAUUACCCUGAAUUCCCUAGUUUUCACUACUCCUAUAACAUGAAAGAUGUUGUUAUUACUUCUGAUAGUGAUUUAAUGUCUAUGUUAGAUAGGUUAAGUAGUAGAAAAGUUAUAACAGUUUGGAUUGGUACAUUUGAUAAGGCUAGUGAUUGUGUUAUUGCUGCUAGAAGGCUUGCUAAAUCAAUUGCUAAUAAGAGUCCGAUGGUGAAUAAUGAUUGUGAGUAUACUCCUAGCAUAGAACAUUUCUGGAAUGACAUCGAGAUAGAGAAUGAUUUAGAAAAAAGAGAAAAAAAGGGUAAGGGUAAAGCUAAAAAACCUAGAAAGUUAACUAUCAAGAGGAAGCUUGAACUUGCUAGUACUAAACACAACACUGUCCAACAACAAUCUUUCUCUAAUGCACCACUUGUAAUUAAACAGCCAUCACCUACUCCUUUACAUUCCUUAAGUGUUUCAAAUAACUCAGCUUUAAUCCUUCACAAAAUACCUAAGACCACGGCAAGGAAGAGGGGCUUACUUAACACCCAAAGAGAGAUUGAUGCUAUGGUUGUCAUAGAGGAGGAGUUUAAUGCAGCAGUUAGGUGUAGGCACGCUAGUGUAGAUCAGCAUGAUGAUGAAAAUAGGCAGCCUAUCAAUGUUUAUGAGCGGGGUGAAACUAGUACAGUUGUACAUGAUAGGAAUGAGAAUGGUGAUGGUAUGACUGAAGAUAAUGUUGACAGAGAAGAUGAUGAUGAUGAAUAUGAGGAUGAUGAAGAAAUGGGGAACAUACAUGACACCUAUGAUCCAUAUAUGUCUGACAUGUGGCUGAGGGAUUUGAUGAUGAUGAUAAGAUGAUGAUGAUAACUACUUUAGUAGGAUGUAUAAAAAUGGUGAAUUUGUAACUAAUGCUGAAUUUGGGAACAUUGUUCUUAAUCCUUGGAUGAUAUUCAGUGAUAAGUAACAUUUUUUGUCAGUAUUUAGGGAUUACUGCAUACAAUGUGGUUUUGCAGUAGUAGUUGAUAGGAGUAGUACAAAGAGGUUCACUGCUUCUUGUCUUGAUUUACAUUAUGAAUGGCGAAUUCAUUCAAGCAGGCUAGUACAUGGAGUUACUUGGGCUAUUAAGAGCAUUAAGAACUUUGAACACACUUGUAGAGGUCUUGAUGAGAGGAAUCCUUUGGUGGAUGUAAAAUGGGCAGCAGAAAAACUCAUGGAAGAUAUCAGAGCAAAUAAUGAUAUAUCUGGAAAGACAUUAAAUGAACUUCUUUGGAGUAGAUACGGAGUUAAGAUGGCAACCAGUACUCUAUACAAGACGAGAAGGGUAGCUUUGAGGGAAAUUAAUGGAGGUCAUGACAGUUCAUAUGGAUAUUUGCCCAAGUAUUGUGAGAUGGUGAAAACUACCAAUCCAGGAUCAGCAGCCUUUUGUGCAUGGACACCAGUUAAUCAGCCAGCCAACUGUUACGCCUAUGUUCUCUAGCAUUUUCAUUUCCUUUAAGGGUGCUAUUGAUGGUCUUGCUACAAGGUGUAGGAGCCUAAUUGGGGUUGACGGAGCUCACUUGAAAGGAAAUUUUGGUGGGGUGCUUUUGUCUGCAGUAGCCUUAGAUGGAAAUAAUGAAUUGUUUCCAUUUGCAUGGGCUAUAGUAUCUAGGGAAGAUGGUGAUAGUUGGAGGUUUUUUUUCUGGCACUUGAAAGAAAUUCUGGUAAAAUGUGGGAGAGGUAAUUACUGGUGUAUUAUUUCAGACAGACAAAAAGGGAAUAGAUGUUGCAUUAACUGAUCAAUGGCCAGAAGUCGAUAGGAGAUAUUGUUGUAAGCAUUUGGUGAAAAAUUGGAAGAGUUCAUUUCCCGGACCACUAAUGUAUUCAUUGUUUUGGCUAGCUUGCAGUGCCACUUCUCCUUUCACAUUUAAAAAGGCAAUGGAAAGAAUUCAGAAAGUUAAUCCAGAUGCUUGUGUUUGGUUGUCUAAUUUGGGGGAUCAGUCAAGAUGGACAAGGCAAAAAUUUGAUCCCAAAAUUUGCAGUGAUGAGAACAAGACAAAUUUUGUAGAGAGUUUAAAUGCCACUUUGGGAGUGGAUAAUGCAUGCCUGUAUUGACACUUUUGGAAGGAAUAAGAAGAAUGUGCAUGGUUAGACUAGUAACAAAAAGACAGAAAUGCAAGGAUUGGAAUGAGUAUGAGCCAUGCCCUAAUGCAGUGAAGAGGAGAACUUGCAAAUCUUAUCAAAAUAAAGAAGGUGAGUAUGAAGUGAGAGAAGGAAAAUCAAUGCUACCUAUAUCAUUGAACAACAAAACAUGCAUAUGUGGGGCAUGACAAAUAUCAGGACUCCCUUGCAGACAUGCACUAGGAGCAAUAAUGUCUUCUGGAUUGGACCCAUACAAAUUUUGCUAUACAUGGUACUCGGUGCAAAUUUACAAACAAGCAUACGGGAAUUCAAUCAACUCCAUCCCUAAUUACGAGCAUUGGCUAGAGAUAGAUAGACCAACUAUACUACCACCACAAGUGAAAAGAGGUAUUGGUAGGCCAUCUGAUGAACCAAAUAAAUGGAAACGGUCAAUAAUUGUGCAGUGCCAGAAAUGUAAGAGUUAUGGUCAUAAUUCACAAACGUGUAAAGGUGGAUUAACAGCCAAAGAAAGAAGUGCUGCAGAUGGCACUAAGAUUGCAAAGGCAAAAGAAAAUAGGGCUGCUAAAUCUGCACCACAUGCUGCUUGUACAGGAGAGUCAUCACAAACUGCAUCCGAAGAUCCAAGUAGCCAACUUGUUACUGCUUCAAACAGGGGUGGGAAAGGGAAGAAAAAAGUCUGAGUUUUCAUUGAAUAUGUUGAACAAAUUUCCGAACUUUGGUGUAAUUUUUUGUUGAGACAAACUAACAGUAGCUUUGUUUAGUAUUUUGAUUUGGCAGUAGCUUUGCUAUGUUUAAAUGUAGUUUUUUGAGGUGACGGUAACUUUGCUCAAUUGUUAUGAAGUUUGCCUUUUUGAGAACUUGCUCAA